AUGUCCACCAAAACCCCCGUUCUCACCGACAAGGCUCCUAAGCCCCUCCCUGGCAUCUAUUCCCAGGCCAUUGUCGCCAAUGGUGUCGUGUACUGCUCCGGCGCUGUCCCUAUGGACGCUGCCACUGGCAAGCUGAUCGACGGAGAUGUCAAGGCUCAUACUGUAAGAGCAGACUGCAUCCACUAUCUCACCAAUUGGCGUGUCGCUAACACCAUCACUAAACAGCACCAAUGCAUCAAGAACUUGACUCACAUCCUCGAGGAGGCCGGUACCGAUAUCACAAAGGUCGUUAAGGUCAAUGUUUUCCUAUCAAACAUGGAUGACUUCGCCGAGAUGAACUCUGUGUACAUGCAGUACUGGGGUGAUGUGAAGCCCUGCCGAACCUGUGUCGCGGUCAAGACGCUCCCUCUUAACACUGAUGUUGAGAUUGAGUGCAUUGCUGUGCUGUGA